AUUGGCCGGUUCACGCAACGAACCGCAGGACGACGGCCAUUCGUCCAGGGCAUUCAGGGGGCUGCCUAUGGUGGUAACUUCAAAACAGACGUUGGCCCCUCCUUGUCGGUUGUAGCGGUGCGUGCAUCGUUGCAGUAGUUGCUGCCGUCACUGAAGAUUUUCUGGAUACACCGUCGCAGCCACCGUCAUCCACAAGCUGCGCCGUAGCGCUACAAAGACCGUGAGAAACCCCCUAAAGCAACAGCAGCUGGAUCGUAACCCUCCCCCCACUAAGCAACGAUGGCGACGAAAACAUCCAGACAGCUUCAGAUGCUCGCAGAAAACGCCCGCAAACAGGGAACGCAAGGCCCGGUAUCCCAAAAGCGGCCGGCCGAGAACUCCCCGGAGAAGGCCUCAUCGCGGAAACGUGCAAUUCUGGGCGACAUCACCAACCCCAACCACAAGGCAAUAGUGGCCGCAGCGGCCAAGAAAGAUGGCGGCCUGAUCAAGCCGGGGCCCAAGAAGACCGUGCUUAGGGCACGGAAUGCCGCAGCAGCUGCUGCUGCAGCUGCCGCACGUAAGGUCGUAGUCAAAGCAGCCACUGCCACCGCGGUUGCCGCCAAGCCCCUGCCAGAAAAAACUGCUACAAGUUCCAAAGAACCACAGACGUCUACUGUCUUGCCCACUGUUUCGGAAGUACGGCAAUGCUCUGAGCUGCCAGAAGGAGUAGCAGACUUCGACCUCGAGUCUCAAGAUGAGCCAUUCUCGGAGUCCACAUAUGCGGCCGACAUCUUCAAGUACUACAAGGAACGCGAGGGGUCGUUCCGGGUAUCCAAGUACCUCGAUCGGCAGGAGGAGCUCUCGGUAGGCAUGCGGUCAGUACUCGUCGACUGGAUGGUGGAGGUGCAGGAGAACUUUGAGCUCAACCACGAGACCCUCUACCUGGCGGUCAAGUGUGUCGACCGGUACCUGUCCCUGGAGCCCUGCUCCAAGACCCAGCUACAAUUGCUGGGAGCCACCGCUCUGUUUGUGUCUGCCAAGUUUGACGAGCGCUGCCCACCGUCUGUCAGGGACUUCCUCUACAUCUGUGACGAUGCCUACAGCCAUGAUGAACUCAUUGCCAUGGAGACCCACCUGCUAAAAAAGUUGGACUUCGAGCUGGGAGUGCCGGUCUCUUACCGGUUCUUGCGGCGGUAUGCGCGCUGUGCAAAGUUGCCCAUGGAGAUCUUGACGCUGGCGCGCUACGUGCUCGAGAGCUCCCUGCUCGACUACUACUUGGUGGACCAGAGGGAAUCCAAGAUGGCCGCUGCAGCUUUGCUGCAGGCCUUGCUCAUGAAGGGCUGCUCCUGGAAUCCAACGCUGCAAUACUACUCUGGCUACAAGGCUGAAGAACUGACAAACUUGCAGCAACAUCUCAACCAGUUCCUGCACCAGCAACAAAAGGGCAACCUUGAUGCCAUCCGCUCCAAAUACUCGCACAAGGUGUUUCACGAGGUAGCACUCACCCCCUUGUUACCAGUGGCGACGAAGACGAGCUAGGCAUCUGACCGCCUCGCCAAUCGCGUCUUUGUCGUGAAACUUGCCAAACCAGCCUUUUGUGCGGAAGACUGGAGACUUGGGGAGGGAAUUCGCGAAGCGCGCACACGCAUUGCUCAUUGUGCUCUAAGAUCCAUGUACAUAGUCAUCACGCUGCCGCAUCUUUUUUAGUGCUUUUAUCCCAAGACUGCCCAGUUGCCAACCUGCAAUUUUUAAAUAAACCCAAAUGUGUACAGCCAUCA